AUGGACAGAGAGCUUGCUGGAGCCCAUCCAUCCCCGGCGCCCACGAUCGCGAUCGCCGCCGCCGCCGCGGGAUCCUCCAGCUUCGCGAUGAUCCUCUCGGCGCUGCUGAUCGUGGCGACGAUAAUGGGCGCCAUGGCCUUCUGCGUGUGGAUGUGUGGAUGCAGCCCCGAGGACGUGAUCCGGGCACGCAGCGGCGGCGCGGGCGAUGGCGCGAGCGAUAGAUCAGCGCUGCCAGCGGCCAAGGCGGGGAUGAGCAAGCAAGCGAUUGAGAAAGCUCUGCCGGUGAUGAGCUAUGGCGCGGCGCGGAUGCUGGCCUCGCAGAGGACGAUGAACCCCGAGCUGGGCUGCUGCUCCAUCUGCCUGGCGGAGUUUGGCAAGCAGGACGAUUUCAUCCGGAUGAUGCCCAGCUGCGGGCAUUGCUUCCACUCGGAAUGUAUCGCGCUGUGGCUCGUCGCGCACAGCUCCUGCCCGUUGCAAACAGCGACAAUGCCAAUCCCAACUCCCGAGCCGAGCAGGACGAUUCAGCUAGAAGAGGUUGUGAUCGAGGUGCCACCUGAUGAUUUUCGUCGCGAUCACCAUCACUAG